AUCAUCAUCAUCAGCAUCAUCAUCCAAACAACAAUGACACGUAUACGAAUACCGCUCGACGAGCUCGAGACGGUUCUCCACGCCGUGCUGUCUGCGCACCGCGACUUGCCAUGGCCAGAGUCGUUCUCCCAAGAGCUGAUUGCGCCCGCCGAGAGCGAGGUCGAGCUGCCCGCCGUGGUCACCUUGGAGCGGCCACUCCUCCCCGACUCGAACUCGCCGUAUCUCACCGACGCCGCGCCACAUAACGGAAUUCGCGUGUAUGCAUCGCGCCCACUCCAUCGCACUAUUGCAAAGCGACUCGAGUACUGGAUGGAUGCAAAGUGCUCGCCCGUCCGCCAAGCCGAUUCAGUCACCGAGUUUCCACUCUUGCAGGACGCCGAUGCCACCAGUGAGGCUGUUUUGCAACUCGAGGCCAAUGUGCUCAUUGCACUGCAGCAAAUGCAAUCAUGCUGGCAGUAUCCAGAGCAACGUGGCGUUGUGGUGCGCAGUGUGCUGCGCGUUCUCGGCGUUCGCGGCAUUCAGCGGCUCUUGUUCAUGCGACGCACUCUUGGCAGUUGCUACUUGACUGAGGCAAAUGCAAUCCAACUACCGGCAAUGUCGCCCUAUGAGAAGACGCGCGAGCUGGUUGAGACCACGGAUUCACAACAACCGAGCAACGAUUCCACCGCCGCCGAGCUCGAGUUGGAUGUUUCCGCAGAUGGUGACAGCCCACAACCAAAGCAACAACCAGAGACAUCUGCCACUUUGUCAGCCGCUGCGACCUUGGAGGGACACACUGCUUCAAGCAAACCCAAGUGGUCCAGCCAGCAGCACCCGAUUGCCCUGCUCCCCUGCGUGACCACCCUCCUGACGAGCUUCAAUCGCUUGCACAAUCCCAAUGCCAAGCUAACUGUCGGUGCUCGUGCGCUCACCAAGCAUUCGCCUCGCGACACCACUGCGGGCUGGUGGGGCACCCCAACCGGUACCGAAAUGGCUCGCAACAUUCAUGGCAUGCGUGUCGUCUCUCGGAUUUUGGCUGAUGCAACAUGGAUUAACAUUCACAUGUUGCCACAUGAGAUCCCCGUGCUCGAGAUUCGCAACUCUGAUUCGUACGGCGCUCGCUGGUCGAUUGACGGCAAGACUUUCCGAGGCUUCCUGGAGCCGCACUCCAAAGAUGGGUUUUUGAAUGGCUGGAAGCACUAAUCAGCGUGAAACACAAGGAGGGGAUGAUGUAUUGGUGGUCAGCCCAGACAAAAAACCGACACAAAAAUGGAUUGUCCAAAUUCAACCCCGAAAUAACAAGUUGUGUGCGUUGCAUAUUCUUUUUAGUUGUACAAGAAAAUCGAAUCAAAGCAUCAUCGAAA